UCACGCUGUUGUUAGGCACUUGUGCUGCACCUGCACGACACAGGCAUGCAUGAAUCGGAUCAGCAGGACAGUAUCACAAUCUGAUAUUUGACAUCCUCCUCAGUCCUUGCUUUAUAUACCCAUUUCUUCCUCCCUACUCCCAUCAUGUCGGGCGAAAAGAAGGAGGAAAUCCCGCCCAGUGCGCUGGACGCCGCGCCAGACCCCCCCGAAGACGACCUAGACGACCUUGAUGUUCUCAGCGACGACCUUAGAACCAAAAGACAAGCACCCGGACGCCUCAGGCGCCGACAAGUCUAUCCCAGCGCCGUCAUCAGAUAUCCCCCCCCCGAUCCCCGCCGCCCCGGACUUCGAGAAGGAGCUGCAGGCGGGCAUGGCGGCGCUGCUGGGCGAGCUGGAUUCGAACCCAGAGAUGCAGAAGGAGAUGGAGGCGCUGAUGAAGGAGCUGGGCAGCGCGACGGACCUCGGGCUGACCGAGCCCAGCAACCCGCCACCCGCAGCGUCGGCGGAGGGGAGUAAAGCGACGGAGGACUCGUUUCAGGAGAAUAUUCGGCGGACGAUGGAGCGGAUGCAGGCGUCGGGCGAGCAGGCGGGGGCGGCAGCAGCGGAGUCGAGCCAGCAGAAUUUCAUGAUGGAGAUGCUCAAGAACCUGGACGCGGAUGGAGAGGGGGGCUUCGAUCCGGCGAACAUGAACGACGCAGCGUACACGAAGAUGAUUUCCGGGCUGAUGGAGGAGCUGACGACCAAGGAGAUCCUGUACGAGCCGAUGAAGGAGCUGUAUGAUAAGUAUCCCGAAUGGAUUGAGAAGAAUAAGGAGACGGUCGGGAAGGAGGAUUUGGCGAGGUAUCGGGAGCAGCUGGAGCAUGUCACGGAGAUUGUGGGGAGGUUUGAGAGCCCGUCGUAUUCGGACACCAACGCGGCUGAUAAGGCGUUCAUCUCGGAGAAGAUGGAGAAGAUGCAAAACGCCGGGUCUCCUCCUGGCGACCUGGUCAACAUGAGCGCCGCGCAAGAGGUGCUCGGCGACAUGGACUCCGGAUGUCCAACGCAAUGAUCUACAUGAUAUUCCCCUUUACGCCUGCAUGUGCCAGCCCUUCCUCUCCAUAGACCAUAUCCAUGAUCCAGAUACCCAACACCGAAAACGCCAAAAGACUGUGAACGCCGAGAAUAUCCUGAUUCCUGUCUUCCUUCAACUAGUGUCCAUCGCGUCGUGGUGCUCGCCUUGCGCACGUGGGUCGGAAGAGAACCCGUCACCUGCCAUGUCCCGCCAAUCAUCAUCGUCAAGAUCGAUGUCGAUAUCUGCGAAUUGGUGUCGUUGGGCUUGAGAGAUAUCGUUCUU